AAGGAAAGGUAUAUAAAGCCUGUCUACUACACCCUUAGGCAAGGAGACGCCUGGAUUUCGAUUCUUUAUAUAUACAUAUAUAUAUCUUGCUAUAGAUUUAUUGCUUUAGUUCUAAUUGUUUUUUCGAAUCAACAAUUAUCAAAGCAAUCACCUAACUCCCUUUUCUAUUUUGCACUGACUUGUUCUCAGCGGAUUAGCAUCUCGCUUUCGUUUGCAUCAUCAUCUUUAGUUUUUAUAUUCCUUAUUAUUCUCUCUUUCGUUUUUUACUCCCCAUUUUCAUUGCAUAACAUUCGUCUUGGCUCUUUCGUUAAUCAAAAUUUUGGCAAUCUACCAUUUUUUUGUGUUUUGUUUUCGAGUUCCCUUAUCUACAAAAACAAACAAACAAACAAACACGUAACUUAAACGGUGUUUGAUAUUGACUUUGACUUUCUACGUGAGCAUAUACUUCAGUCAGAUACCGAAGUUCCACUCAUUGAUUUGAUUGAAUCAGGAAUUAUAUAUAUUUGAGAAAUCCAGCAACCUUUUUGUGUCUUCCCAAGUUCUUUUGACAAUCCCCGUUAUUUUAAGCAUAUUCCUUUCCUCGCCAGGGAAAAGCAUUAAUCUAAGAUUUGUUUAGUUGCGACUCCCCAUUUUUGCGUUCUGUUUUUGGAUCUCUCCCUUUCCUUUUGAAAUUUUCCUUGUUCUUUUCAUUGCAAUAAACUAUUCUCUUGUUUUUUUCGCUUUUUUGCUUCAUUGUUUACCUCAAUUCUCGGUUUUUAUUAAAUAAACAAACAAACAGAAACAACGCAAUUUUUGACCCAAGUCAUUCUUCUCAAGUUAUCAAAAACCUCAUAUCUUGAAUUCUUUGCAAACUCACUUUUUACCCACAUAUAUUUACUUCUUACCUGACAUCGGGUAUUAGUAACUGAUAAUACUUUUAUCUGCCAUCAUUUGAAGUGUUCUCACAUUCUUCGUUCUACAUCAGUGUUUCCAGUCAUUGUCUGCUAUUGGUAAAUUAAUCUUUAUAUUCUUUGCCGUCUUUCAUCGCAAUUUCAGCUUUCACUAUGAGUCAAUUAUCUACACUCAACAAUCACCAAAAAAGUGCUAAACCCGAAGAUCCUAGCAGUAGAAUGUCUGUAUCUAGUCUUUCUUCUAAUCCUUGGAAUAACGCACCUGAACAACCACAGACAGGCCACAUGCAUAAUGGAAGUACUGGCAGUUUACUCAAUCCCUUAUUGUCAGGAAUGUCAAACGGCGCAACUCAUCCGUUGAAUUACCUCUACGCUCCAUAUGCUCAACCUGCCAAAUCCGCUGCCCCUCCGUACUUGUCGACUAUGAAUCCUAUAGGAACGAGCCCAACGAAAUUGCCUUCCUUGUCUGCUACGAACGUUUCCAGUGCAGCUUCAGGAGGUAUGGAUGCUCCCAGCUAUCCGCCCAAUUUUCCAACGCAAUCCCAUCCUUCUUUCUGGAAUCCCGCUUAUGAUUCCUCUCCUGGUUUAGAAGGAAUUGGAAAUUCCCCUCCAAAGUUUCGUGGGAACAGCUGCAGUGUUUCAGAUGGUCGACUUUCCGUAAACACUCUAAACUCACUUACCUCCUUUGAUCCGCAGAAUGCAGGACUCGGUCUUUCUCUUCGGUCAAGAACCCCAAGUUUAGUUCCCGAGCAUAUACUUGAUGACACCGACAAAUCCCUACAAUCGAAGAGUAGCAGUGGCUCAAAUUCAUUUAGCGAAUUCACUCCUGAAAGCUUUGACUCAUGCACCCUCCACGUACUCGAUGGUCUCCCUGACGACAUUGAUAGCCGAGAGUUCAGUGGGAUCUUUACAUUCUGCGAAGGCUAUACUCAAUCUAGGGUUGUAAUUGAAUCAGGACAUCGUAAAGGAAUCGUUACCUUUAAUAACCCCAAUGCGGCUACCAAAGCUAAACAAAUGCUUAUGAACUCGCCAACCAACACUUUUACAAUCGUUCAAGGCAACCUUCACAUUGCCGAUAAUCUACAACAAAGACAGACUCUAUCAGUGAAUCCUAUUUCAAUGCAAAUGAACAAGAAGGUAGACCCAACUUUGCUAGGAAAUAUCCGUCCUUCCCCAAGCGUAGAAACCUCUCAAUAUCUCGAUUCGAUUUCCGAAAGCAAAAUGUCUUCUUCUUUCCCGAGUCUCGAUGCUUUACAAUAUUGUGAACCUUUCAAAGGUCCUAAAUCCGAUUACGUGGCACAACCAAGAACUUCAAUUAGAAGUCCUUCUCCACUGACUUGGAAAAAUAACCAGGCUUUCCAGAAUGGAGGAAUUGGUGAUAAGAAUUGGUACGGGUCCCAAAGUCUUAAGAAUGGAUAUAAUACCACAACCAAUAAUCCUCUAGUUAAUAACACUGGUUCGAAAAAAAUGACAAAGUUACCGACAACAUUAUCGGAUAUUAGUGAAGCCAAUCCCGCGUACGAUAUCUUCGGUAGUCUUGCACCUACAAUUGAGGAUGAACACUUACCUUUACCGCACUCUAUCUCUCCUAAAGCCAGAUACCAUGUUGCUGAUAAGCCUACAUAUCAAAAAGAAAACUCUUUUUCAUCUUCACAAGGACUUGAUCGCUCAAAUCCUUUCGAAGAGGCUUUGAGAAUGGAGCGUUUAAGCCCGGCCAAAGAGCUACCAGCAAUUCGACCUCGAGCUAUACCCCUUAACGGUGUAGCACCAUACGAGCCUGAAUUUCAACGUCCACCCAAAUGGAAGCCAAUGCCUGAUUUAAAUACCGUUAAGUCAAGAACUUCCAACAAAAAGCGACCAACCCCCAAAACUCAAAACCUUGAGAGCAAUUUGCUGUCGUCUUUUCAAGCUGAUACACUGCAAGUAGAAUUUGACCCUACCGCUUCAGAAUCCACUGUUCAUUCAGAUCAAAACACUCCUUGUAAUACCAUUUAUGUUGGGAACAUUUCUGGGUACGAUCAAGAAAAGGAAUUGCGAAAGCUUUUCUCAACACAACCAGGGUAUCGCAGACUCUCAUUUAAAAUAAAGGGUAGCAAUCCAAUGUGCUUCGUAGAAUUUGAAGAAAUCUCUUAUGCUACGCAAGCAUUGAACAAACUCCAAGGUGCCAUCCUAAGAAACAGCCCUAAAGGAGGAAUCCGUCUUAGUUACUCAAAAAAUCCGCUUGGAGUCCGUUCAUCAGAAAGCCUACCCAUAGUUGCAGCACCCUCACAAAGAGCUUCUCCUGUCAGAAACGGAAGCGCUUAUUCUGCAAAAGCACAAGCGUCUUUGGAUAGAAAUCCACCUUUUGUGUCAAGUGUUUCAAGGCAAACAAGCUCAACCAGUCUUCCGAGUAAGCAUGGAAGUAUGAGUGACUUGUUUGACAUAUUUGAAAUCAACACUAAAUAAACCUCAAAUCCAAUUCAAUAAAGUCAUAAUGAUUUUCCUUUACGAGAGUUCUCUCCAAACAAAAAAAGCAUGUUUCAAGGGGAACUAACAAAUGAACUUUAAAUAAAAAGUAAUCACAAAAAAAAAUUGGUUUAAUGAAAUGUUAUAGUUCCUAAA